CUCUUGAGAUAUAUGCCUGCAAUGUCGAUCGAGAGAAAGAGAGAGAGAGAGGGAGAGCGAGAGCGAGAAAUGCUGAGAAUUGCAGCCAAUAGGAAGCGAAUAAUCUACGCGCGCAGAGCACUGCAGCUAGUGAGGGACCGACUAUAAACCCGACGUGACGAGCACGCGCGCUCGGCGGGCGCGGCCUUGUAGCACACAGUAUAUAUAUUAGCACGGUUUAUCGCUCGAUCUCCCGAUAUACGGCGCACGGCUGCACACCGCGAUCACGACCGUGCAGCACGCACGCCUAGUUAGCAUCCCGUGUAUAAUCGUAGCGGUAGCGGCGUUCGUCUGAUCAACUGAGAUAGUGCUCGGGGUUAGAGAAGCAAUGAUGAUGGCACGGCGGCAGCAGACGAGCGGACUCUUCGUGUACGCUGUGUACGCAGCCAUCCUCAGCACGCUCACACAUGCUUAUCGUGUUACCAUCCCGCACUGGAACUACGAUAAUACUAGUCAGUGGAGUAUUGGCUACCCAGAUUGCAAAGGGGACGCUCAAUCUCCGAUCAACAUUCAGAAUGCAGAAUUCGACGCUAGCUUGGUGCAGCUCAAGUUUAAUGGAUAUUACAAGAUGAAAUCCAUGGAAUUUGACCUGCAGAAUAAUGGUCACACUGAUAUUAACAAGCGCAAGGUCUACAAAAGCUUUAAAGAGGAUCUGGAGUCACGGGGGACAGCAGGUCGCAUUACGCUAAGCUGGGCAAUGGCUGUAGCCAUGACUGUUGCCGCAUCUCAGUUCGCAAGAGACUAA